GCCUCCGCAGCAGCCCUCCGCUCUCGAUCCGAUAGCGCCGCGUCACGUAGCUCGCCCAUCAUGUCCGCCAGAGCGCCACAGGGCCAACGGCCUGGAGGCUCCCGAUUCGCACAGUUCAAGUUGGUACUGCUCGGUGAAUCUGCCGUCGGAAAGUCGUCGCUAGUAUUACGCUUCGUCAAGGACCAAUUCGACGAUUACCGGGAAUCUACCAUCGGCGCUGCCUUCCUCACCCAGACCAUCGCCCUCGAUGAGAACACGACCGUCAAGUUUGAGAUUUGGGAUACAGCCGGCCAGGAGCGAUACAAGUCCCUCGCGCCCAUGUACUACCGAAAUGCCAAUUGCGCAGUAGUCGUCUACGACAUCACACAGGCUGCGUCAUUGGACAAGGCCAAGGCAUGGGUCAAGGAACUUCAGCGCCAAGCCAACGAGAACAUCAUCAUUGCUCUUGCCGGAAACAAGCUCGAUUUGGUCACCGAAUCACCCGACAAGCGCGCCAUCUCCACAGCCGAUGCCGAGCAAUAUGCUCGUGAGGCCGGUCUUCUUUUCUUCGAAACCUCGGCCAAGACGAGCGAGAACGUACGAGAACUAUUUACCGCCAUUGCAAAGAAGCUGCCGCUUGACCAGGCUGGUCCACGGAACUUGAGGCCUGGCCAGCAACGACAGGGUGUAAAUCUGAGGCCAGAGGCGAACCAGACCCAGGGGCCUGGUGGCUGCAACUGUUAGAUGAUGUGAAUGCGUCCUUGGAAGUGUAGGUAGAUCGCUCGCAUGCCGAAACAACUUCAUUGCGGAUGAGUCUGCGCCCCCACUAGUUGGGUGUAUGCUCUGACCUUGCAGUACAUCGACCUCGCGUCAGUCGGUCUUGUUAUUUUUGUGGGCAUAUUUGGUCCUGGAGUACGGAUUUCACCCUUGCAGCUAUGCGUUAAGAGAAGAGACACUGGGGCUACCUGACAAUUUAAUUAAUGAUUUCCACUUUUGUUCUCAUUUCUUCACCAACCAUCAAUCACAACCCGUCACAGGUCGUUGGCCUUCUCUUCUGGCAUGCCCGGCUACCCGAUCAAUCUCGUAAUCUCGAAAUUCCACAUCCCAAACCUCUGAUACAGCUUCCCGUACU